AUGGGUUUGUGGGCGCGUUUGUGCCCUCGCGUUUGUGGCGCGGAGUGGCCUGUGCAGCUUUUGUGGCUGGUGUUGGAAAAGUUGGGUUUUGAACGGUGGGCAGUGAAAUUCGAAGAGGGAUCUGCGCAGCAGAAGCGCCUGGGGAACCUGGUGGUGCGUACGCAUGCAGCAGCAGCAGCAGCAGCGGCAGCAGGGCAGCAGCAGCAGCAGCCAGACUGUCCUGCGAACGCGGCACUCGGGCUCAACAGCUGGACGAACUGUACGGUCCCGCAGAUCAGCGACAGCGACGGGAUGCCCACGUUCCUGUUUCCUUUGGGGCUGGUAAUGGUGAUAACGGCUGCGAAAGACGCAUAUGAGAACUUGAGUCGCGCGCGCGCAGACCGCAUGGAGAAUGCGCGCCGCUGCACUGUAUGCACACCUCAAGGGUUGACAACGGUGGCUUGGGCUGAGCUUACCCCAGGCAGUAUUGUUAAACUCGCAGCAGAUGAAGCUGUUCCUGCGGAUUUGGUGCUGCUGAACUGCGCCGACCCCUGUGGAGUUGCUUAUGUAGACAGUGUACAGCUGGACGGCGAAACGAACCUAAAAAACAAGAUGUGUAUUCCUAGCAUUGCAGCACUGGUUCAAAAUGAUGCAGAUGCCGCCCGUCUCAAGUUGGAAAUACACUACGAAGUGCCGUCUGCUGAACUGUACAAAUUCUCGGGGACCAUUCUGCUGCUGCCCUCUGCAGACAGCAACGCAGCAGCAGCAGCAGGAGCAGCACCAGCAAAAACAGACCCACCGAUUUCUCCAGGCAGUCUCCAUAUGGCUGUCUCGCCGAUGGCUUCAACCCACAGCAACGGGGGCCAGCAGCAAAUGACCGAGAGGCAGCAGCACCGGCAGCAGGAAGAGUUGCUGCUGCAGCAGCAGCAGCAGGAGGAAGACUUCUUGGUGGGAGGGACUGCUGCGCGCGGCGCUUCGCAGCCCGCUCUUCUGCAGCAGGAGCAGCAGCAGGAGCAGCUGCCACUUCAGCCGCCGCCGCAGCAGCUGCAGCAGCAGCAGCAGCAGCAGCAGUACGCUGUUGACGCUUCUCAGUUUGUGUGGCGUGGGGCAACCGUCCGCAGCACGGAGUGGAUUUACGGCCUUGUGGUGUACACGGGCCAUCAAACGCGCAUCAUGAAAAACACAAAACAAAGGGAAUUGAAGUACUCGAGAACGCAGGUCGUGUACAACCAGCACGCUGUCCUCCUCGCCAUUGCGCAGUUUAUUAUCUGCGCGGUGGCAGCUGUGGUGUACGCAUUCAAAAGCCAGCAUUUGUUCGCUGACGCCUGGUACCUUGAGACCAGCUGGGUGUCAGGCAUUUCGAAUUUCCUCACCUCCUUGGGCGUCGCGUUUGGGCGAUACGUGCUGCUGCUGAGUUACUUCGUGCCCAUAACUCUUCUGGUGCAGCUGGAAGUGUGCCGGUGGUGUCAGGCGAGUUUUUUAUCUGCAGACAAGCGCAUGAAGAGCAGUAGCAGCAGUAGCAGCGUGGGGGGCGCUGCGGCGCAGUCUGUCGCCCUCAUGGAUGAGCUGGGUAGCGUAACGCACAUUUUUUCAGAUAAGACCGGGACGCUGACGCAGAAUUUGAUGCAGUUCAGGUGUCUCGGCAUCCAGGACAGGGUCUACGGAUACGACGAAUUCGAGGAAGAGGCAAGGAAGUCGUUUGUGGUGUCAGAAGCCUGUAGCGACUUGGAGCGUCUUGGCUCUCGCCAUCCGUCGAUGUCUUUAAUAGGAGAAAACGAGUACUUAAGGCGAGGAAAGAAGAGGACAGAAACAGAAGAAGAUGCAAAUGUCUGCCCCAACGGCCACGUGAACUUCAACUUAAAAAGCUUCCUAACCGGCGUCGCAGCGGCUUCGCCUGAACACCGCAAAAAGGCUCGCGAUGCCUUGCUGGUUUUGGCGUUGUGUCAUUCGGUGCUGCCCAAACCCUCGGCGCCCCUGCCGGAGCCUCUUAACAUCUGCUGCAGCACAGACGCUGCUGCGGCUCCUGCGGCUGCUGAGACUCUCGCUGGUGAGACCGACGCAGCACCUGCUGCUAAGGCUGCUGAAGGUGCUGCAGGAACAGCGUACCAGCUGCAGCAGCAGCUGCAGCAGCAGGGAGUGCGAGGAGAUCAGCAGCAACAAAUGCAUGAACAGAACUCGCUGCAGACAGCGCAGCAGCAGCAACAGCAGCAACAGCAGCAGCAGCCAUUAACUAUCGCAAGUGGACAGCGAGCGACGCCGACGGAAGGGGAAGGCGAAAGAGAGGCAGCGGCCGAAGGCGAGCCAGCAGCAGCAGAAACUGGUAAGGAGAGGACCGUUUCAAUUCGUUCCGUUGCCGUUUCCCCUGAGUCCGACUGUGGGGAUCAGGUGUCUCUUGCCACCGAUGGUUCUGCUGCUUCUGCUCCUGCUGCACGUGCGGAUAAUGCAGCAGCGCAGCAUGCGGUCUUCCGCCUGCCCACGCCGGAGCACGGGCAUCCCCCCAGCAGCUACAGCAACAGCAGCCGCUGCAGCAGCAGCAGAAAAAGCAGAAGAAGAGUCUUGGAAGGGGUCCGCUGGAGCUACAGCAGCUGCUACAGCGACAGCAGCUGCUAUAGCGACAGCAGCUGCAGCAGCUGCAGUAGUGAGGAUGAAGGCGAAUACUCCCCUGCGCCACCAGCCUCCGCAGCAACAGCAUUAGCAGCAGGGGCAGACACAGCAUCGCGCGGCAGCAGCACCCGGCAGACAACUGUUCGUCAGCAGCAAAUUGGCAGCAGCGUAGCAGCGCGCGGAGGGCACAAAUUUCAGUAUAUGAGAAACCCCUCACUACACACGGAGGCUCCGGCUUUUCAACCUGAUGGGGAGGCGGCGGUGGGUUGCGCGAGCGUGGAUCCCCCAUCCAUUGACGGGGACGGGAAUGCUGAAGGACCUGCAGCAGCAGCAGCAGAAGCAGCAGGGAAAGGAACAGGAGGAGCCGCGUUAUCGUCACCGGCGCUGAGUGCGUCCUCUGAACAGCCUCAGCUGUCGCCGCCGCCGCUGCGGCAGCAGCAGGAGGAGCAGCAGCAGGAGCAGCAGGAGGAUGAGGGAGGACUGAUGCUGUCUCGUUUUCCUUUGGAGCUCUCUGCUGCGUACGACGCUUCAAGCCCUGAUGAGCUGGCUCUAACUGCAGCAGCAAAACACUUGGGCGCUGAGUUCAUCUGCAGGCCCAACUUAAACACCAUUCAGCUCGCGGUUCGCUCCGACUUUGCUGCGGAGGCCCUUCUGAGCGAAGCAGAUCGCGCGACAGUUCGCACCCUCAUGGACACCUACCAACAGCAACAGCAACAGCAGCAAGGGAAGGGGGAGCAGCCGGAGCAGCAAUCAACCGAGCAGCAGCAGCAGCAGCAGCAGGAAGCGGGAGUUGUGCCGGUGGUGAACAUAGAGCUGCUGGAGGUUUUGGAAUUCGAUAACUACCGAAAGCGCAUGUCCGUGGUGGUGAGGGAUCGUGAUGGGCAGCUGCGGCUGCUGAUGAAGGGAGCAGACACCAGUGUAUUUGCUGCUGCUGCAGCAGGACAGGAGGAAGCAAUUGCUUCCUGCAAGGUGCAGCUAAGCGAAAUGGCGCAGCGAGGACUUAGGACCCUUGCGGAGUUGCUGGCCGCAAAGGACCAAAUAGGAGAAGAUCGCGAGGCAGCAGUUGCUGCGGUGUUUGCACGGAUGGAGCGAAACAUUGAAGUGCUGGGUUGUACAGGGAUCGAUGACAAGCUGCAAGACGAAGUGGUCGAGACGAUAGCAGACGUGAAGGCGGCGGGGGUGAAGGUGUGGGUAUUAACUGGAGAUAAAGUCGAAACAGCAAUUAGCAUUGCUCAUAGCUGCAGCCUUCUUACGGACUCGACCUACAAUGCUGUUGUAGACGGAAAGAGCCAGGCAGCUGUUCGCGAGCAACUCCACCAAUACAUGAAUUAUGUAGUCGCAGCGCAACUCGCCGCCGAUGCGUUUGAAGCCAUUUCUUUCCGAUCUCUGCAGCAGCAAGCUUCCGACGUGAGCGAGGAGCCGCGCAGCGUGACCCCUGACCAGCAGCACCAGCAGCAGCAGCAGCGAGGUUCGCGCUGCAGCAAGGCUCCAGCGAUUUGCUUCCGUGCUCCAUUAACAGGGGCCGACAGCGCAGCGAUGCGCAGACCCCGAAAAGCGGAGCCGCCGACUAUUCCUUGGGAUGCCUUUGUAAAGAUUCUGACGUUCAAUGCCACAAAGAAAGUCGUCAAAACUGACCCGAAACAGCGACGAAACAAGCGGCUGUCUCCCCAACAGGUGGAAGACAUCGUUCAGGAGUAUUUGGAGCACUUUGAAAGGGAGAGCGAUGAAGGGAAGGCGCGCGAGAGAAAGGCUCGCAAGACAGCAGCGAGGAGAAAGAGUUUAGGCCGCACAAAAAGCAAACUUGGCUCAGCGCCGCAGGCAGACCAAGCAGCAGAAACAGCGGGAGCAGCAGCAGCACCGGCUCCUGCGGCUGCUGUUACUGAUGCUGCUGGUGCGCCCGACGCGGCUCAUAAGCUCCCUGAACUCCGACACAUCCCUUCUGCAUCAGCAGCAGCCGCUUCUGCAACAGAAACACGAGAGGAGCAGCAGCAGCUGCUGCCCGCGCGCUCUGGCGCUGGGAUAAAUGCAAUGGACAGAAGGCAGCAGCUGUCAAGCGCUUGCACAGAUAUCCCAGCGGUCCAGGGCUACCAAGAGUGCGCGAUAACUAUAACGGGGGAGGCAUUGACGCAUGCGUUGUCUACUGCGGAGAACCGGCGGUAUUUCUUUGGUUUGGCUUCGCUCUGCAAUACCCUCAUUGCCUGUCGCGUCUCGCCUAAACAAAAGUCUGAAGUUGUGCACUACUGCCAGAGGUACCAGAGCAACACGGUCUCUUUAGGAAUAGGAGACGGAGCGAAUGACGUGGGAAUGCUGAUUGCAGCAAAUGUUGGUGUUGGCAUUCGGGGCAAAGAAGGUCUCCAAGCUGUACGAGCAGCCGACUUCUCUAUUCCGGAAUUCAAGUACCUGAAGAACCUUCUUUUCUGUCACGGUGCUGAGGCACUUCGCCGCAAUUCGUUUCAAAUAUAUCAAACAAUUUGGAAAAAUGUGGUAUUUGGGCUUGCGGAUUUUUUCUACGCCUUUGUCUCGGCCUGGUCCGCAGCGGAUCUUUUCAACUCUUGGUUGAAGCAGCUAUUUAAUGUCCUCUACACUACCUUGCCUGUUGUUCUUUACUCUAUUUUUGAUCGCCAACUACCCAUGGAAGUCACGCUCCAAACGCCCGUCCUCUACCCGGCCUUUGCAAAACUGGGGGUUCAGCGCUUUGCAGGGGCGGGGCUGUUUUGGCGUUGGUCUGCAACUUGA